AUGGCGCGGCGGCGACGGCCCCCUCGCCCCGGGGCGCUGGCCGAGCUCCCACCGCUCAAGAUUCUCAGCCAGAUUGCCAUACUCCAGGGGCUCUACUACGCCGGGGCGCUCGUUCUGAUGCUCUUCACCGUGCUGGUCGCGGGGACAAGUUUCAGUAUCGAUCUCGUUUUCGGGUGGGCAGCGGUGCGCGGUGACACCACGCAGGGGUGGCUAAUGGGGUUCAUCUGGGUGCUGGAUGGCGGGUUGUUGAUGUCCCUGGCGAUCGUGAUUCUCAUCGGCCGCUCCAAGCUCGUACUCGAUUUCGCGCUGUCGCUGCACGCGAUACAUUUAUUUAUUGUUACGCUGUAUACUGGGGAACUGCCGCGCUACACAGCAUGGUGGCUUUCCAUGGCGGCAGCGAGUGCCGUCUCGGUUGCGCUGGCGACCUGGGGGUGUCGCUACCGGGAGUUGAAGCCGAUAUCGUUUGGCGGUGGAGGCGCCGCAUCGGCAGCCGGCGGCAACGGGGGAGAGAAUGGCACUGGGGGCGAGGCUGGUGCGGACGGAGAUGAGGAACAGGGUAUGUCGCGUGGAAGGGGGAGAGGAAGGGGGAGAGAUGGCGCGGGCGAGUUCGAGAUGGUCAAUAUGAGUAAUGAGGCUGGCGGGUAG